ACUGGUGGGCGGUGUGAUUGCGAAAGUGGAAACCAGGAUGCGAAAAGCUGCAUUUUUGUAUUCAAUGAACGCUGUCUGUCUGGCAGUUCUCACUAAAAUACCCGAUAUGUUUACCCACAGCAAAAUGAAAUAAGCGUGUGAAGUUCCUGAAAAUGUGACCACACGGAGUGGAGUGAGAGUGCGUGGAGUGAAGUGAGCCACACAGGCACUUGUGCAGACUAGCUUCUCGGAACUGAAUUGACUCAGCUUUUCUUUGUAAUAAGAUGCUGAUUUCUGUGACAUCACGAGGUGGAAGAAAGAUUACUUUGGAUCGCAAUAAGCAUGUCCACACCUGAUGAUUUCCAGACACAACAAACUCCAAUGGCAGGCUGUGUCAGGUUGCUGGGUGUACAUAUAUGUUAGGAAGUAAUUGUCAAUGAAGGAGGUUGGAAUGAGACAGAAGUUGCCACAAUGCUGUCAUCUGACAAGGCCGAUAGCAGCAUCAUGGACUGGUUGAUUGACAUCCAUCUGGAGCAGUACACUGACAAUUUCAAACAUGCUGGCUACUGCACAGUGGCGGACUGCAAACACUUAAAUAAUGAGAUUCUUCUUCAGAUUGGGAUUACUCCAACAGGACAUCGGAAAAGGAUACUCAAACAUUUGCACAAUGUGUUUCCAAAAGCUGAUGAGUGGAAAGUGUCUAAAUGCCCUGAUGAAUUGUUGCCCAGAGGUACAGAAUCAAAAAGCAAUAACCAGGGCUUUACUGCACAGAGUCUACCCAAGGAAGAUGUUGAGACCAGUGUCCCAGUGUCUAAACUGAGAACUAUCUUUAUUAAAGGUGAUUUAACUUCGAAUCCUACAAACCCAGUGAAUAUUGGAUGUGUUAACUCAAAAAACAAACCACCAUCUCCCCAACUGCAGCAGGUUGAAACACAGGAGAAAUUCUCGGUUGGUAAAAGUCCUCAAAUGGUUGCAUCAGAGACUAGCGGUGCCUGUAGUAAUCCAUGUGAACCACAAGAUGAUAUGGAUAGCAGACCACCACUUCCACCACGGGUUCAUCAGGGAACACCGCCACUCAAGUUCACUGGAGACAGGGUGUCACUGCCUUCUGGUUCUGUUGAUUCCUGCCAGUUUUCCUUCGCAAAUGAGCAGUCUACAUCCAUGGAAACUAAAUGUACAUCGAGCAGUCCACCAGACUCGCCUCUUUUUGAAUUUCAAGGCGAAAUGAUCCUGAACGAUUUCUAUGAUGGAAUGGUGGGCACUUCAGAGCAGGUUACUUCAUGUCCUGUGAAAACAGCUGAUCUUCGAAACAGACCAGUGCCACAGCUCCCAAGUUCAUGUACAGCACAAGGUGUUAUCCUAGACCCUACAGACAGCAGUUCCUUACUGAAAAGGAGAAACGUCAACCUCUCGCACUUUCCUAUUUGUGACUGCCCUCAAAACCCAUUGUUGGCUGAUGUGUUCAGAGCUGAUGGAGACAUGCCUUCUCCUAUCACCCCGUACGGUGAAACAUUCCUGCACCACAAAUCCGAAAGCUGCCAGGUUUUAAGGAAACAGCUGCCUGGUAUGGAGACAUCAGUAAGCCAGAACAAUGAUCAAGUGACAAACAAUGACCUGAGGAACUGCCGAAGUGCAAAUUUGCAUGCCGACUAUGUUGAGCAGCCGGUAUCACACUCUGACCAUUGCACAGUAGAGGAAGAAUCUGAAGCAGAAUAUUCCAUGGUAGAUGACAGUAUUUGCUACCAGAGGUCGUCUGUUCAGGCAUUGUCUAAAAAUUAUUGCAGCAUUCAAGCAGCAAGUGGUUGCCAGGAAGGUCAUUUGCCAUCCUCUAGUUGCACAGGAGAAUCUUCCCAUGGGGAAGUGAAUGUAGAUGAGGAUUCAAUAUCACCCUAUGCUUGCUUCUAUGGUGUGCCAAAGAAAACAAAAGAAGGUUGGCUGGAUAAACUCUCACCACAAGGAAAUUGUGUAUUCCAGAAACGAUGGGCUAAGUUUGAUGGAGAGAAUUUGUCAUACUACAACAAUGAGAAGGAAAUGUAUUCAAAGGGAAUAAUUCCACUCUCUUCAAUGAAAUCAGUGCAUCGAAUGGGAGACAACAAAUUUGAGAUUGUUUCCUUCAACAGAACUUUUACUUUCAGGGUUGAAAAAGAAGGUGAUAGAGAUGACUGGAUUGACACAAUUUUAAAUGCAUUGAAGUCAGACUCCAGUGUCCUUUCACACCUGAAUAGUCAUUCCACUGUUAUGGCUGACAAGUAUGGUUCUCUGGAACUAAGGGGCUACAAAGCCAAAAUAUAUGUUGUAUUGAGAGGCAGCAAAGUUUGGCUUUAUAAAAGUGAACAGGAUUUUAAAGCUGGAGUUGGUAUUACAAUGGUACACACAAAUGUGGCAACAGUCAAAGACGUUGAUCGUAAAUGUUUUGAACUAUCUACACCAUUCCGAAACUUCAGCUUCACAGCAGAAUCUGAGCGAGAGAAACAAGAAUGGAUUGAAGCUAUGCGAGGAUCAAUAGCAGAAAGCCUCUCAGACUAUGAAGUGGUGGAGAAGAUCUGGUUCAAUGAGUCCAACAGAAACUGUGCAGAUUGCCGAGCACCUGAUCCUGAAUGGGCAUCCAUCAAUCUAGGAGUUGUCAUUUGCAAAAAAUGUGCAGGUCAGCAUCGAUCAUUGGGAUCAAAUAUUUCCAAGGUUCGUAGUCUGAAGUUGGACAUUAGUAUUUGGAGCAAUGAACUUGUUGAGCUUUUCAUUGUGGUGGGAAAUAAAACAGCCAACAGCUUUUGGGCAGCAAAUCUCAAACCAAGUGAAGAACUGGAUAUGGAUGCUCCACCAAACCAUCGUCUAGAAUUCAUCACGCAAAAGUACAAGGAGGGAAAGUUUCGGAAAAAACUCUCAUCAUUUCUAACACAGGAGGAACUUAACAAGGCCUUGUGUCAAGCUGUCGUGAAACAAGAUAUCUUAGAGACUCUGUCACUUGUUUUCAGCGGGGCAGAUGUCAUGUGUGCAACUGGAGAAGCUGCUCAUUGUACCCCUUACAUGUUGGCACAGAAAGCUGGCCAACGAUUGCAAAUGGAGUUUCUAUUUCACAAUAAACUCUCAGUGCUUCCAAAAAUUGAUUCAUUGUCUGAAGCUGGCGCUCAUUCUGAUAAAUCACAGUCCACCUUUCUGUGUGGUUUCCUGUACAAGGCCGUCAACACUACCAAAACAGUAACUGAGAAAAGGCUGAAGGAAGAAUUCAACAAGCGAUGGUGUACCCUAGAAGGUGGAUUUCUCAGUUAUUAUGAAAGUGACAAGUCUGCCACACCAAAUGGGAGGAUUGAUAUAAGUGAGGUAGUCUGUUUGGGAGUAACCAAGUCUGAUCUUACUUGGGGACCUGGGGUAAGCUAUACCUUUGAGAUGUAUUUGCUGUCAGAACAUGUCUUCUCCUUUGGAACUGAUAAUAUCGAAAUCCUAAAAGACUGGACUAGGGCAAUAACAAAGUGUUUCAUUCCUGAGAUGGUACAAAUCCUGACCAAAAGGGAUUAUGAACUGAUUGGUCGACUCUAUUACAAGGAUGUGCAUAACCUAGAAAACUGGAGAGCAGGCUGGUUUGCAUUGGAGAAAUCACGACUCUGCUUCUGUCCUGAACAAGAUGUGGCUGAAGAGGAUUCAGUCCAUCUAAAGAGGCUGCAAGAACUUACAGUCAGCAUCCAGACUGAGAGAAACAAUGAGAAGAAGGAUGUCUUGCUCCUCGUAGAAAAGGGAAGAACUUUGUACAUCCAUGGUCAUACGAAGCUGGAUUUCACUGCUUGGCACGACGCCAUAAGGAAAGCAGCAGGUACAGAUGGUAAUGCACUACGAGACCAGCAGCUCAGCAAAAAUGACAUUCCCAUCAUUGUGGACAGCUGUAUAGCGUUUGUUACACAGUAUGGACUUGGUUCUGAAGGAAUUUACCAAAAAAAUGGCACACCAUCACGAGUUAACCAACUGUUGGAUCAAUUCAGAAAAGAUGCCAGAAACGUGAAGUUGAGAAUUGGGGAACAUCAACUGGGUGAUGUAGUGGAUGUGAUGAAGAGAUUCCUGUUUGAAAUAGAUGAUGCUCUCCUCACCAAGGAAUUAUAUCCAUAUUGGUUGUCUGCAUUAGAUGUGCAAGAUGGAACAGAACGACUGGAAAAGUACAGGAUGUUAAUAAAAACAUUACCACGUGUCAACCGGAUUACUCUUGCCGCACUGAUUGGUCACCUCUACAGAGUACAGAAAUGUUCAGAGAUGAAUCAGAUGAACACACACAGUUUGUCCCAAGUGUUUUCACCCUACUUAUUCCAAACAGAAGGUCAAACUAAACAAGAAGUGAAUGUUAUAGAGGAUCUUAUCAAUUUAUAUGUGCAACUCUUUGGUGUUAAUGAAGACCAAGUAAAACAGAUGGAGAUUGAAAAUAGCUUCAUCACAACUUGGAAAGACACACAGAUUGCACAAGCUGGCGAUCUCAUCCUUGAAGUAUACCUGGAGAAGAAGGAGGCUGACUGUUGCUUCAUCAUAAGGGUAUCUCCGACAAUGUCUGCUGGAGAACUGACUCACUCUGUCUUAGAAAUGAAGAACAUCGUUAUUGAGGAGAAGGUUGUUUGGGCCACGUUUGAAGUGAUAGAGAAUGGAGACCUUGAGAGAGCACUGCACUACCAAGAGAAUGUCCUAGAACAGGUUCUUCAGUGGAGUAUACUGCCGGAGCCUGAAUCUGCCUACUUGAUCAUAAAACAAUUUCAAGCAGCAAAUGCAAUCAAAAGCUACUUGGCAAAGAAUAUCAAAGAUUCCGGGAAAGCAGGAACUCUGAAAUGGAGAGAAGAACCAUCUAAACUAUUAUCUGGAAAUAAAUUUCAGGACCGUUAUGUUGUCGUGCGAGAUGAGAAAUUACUCCUUUACAAAGAUGCAAAGAGCAACAAACCAGAAAAAGAAGUACUUGUGAAAUCCUUGAAAUUCUACUUUGGUCUGAAAAAGAAACUGAAACCUCCAAGCAGCUGGGGCUUUACACUUUGUUCAGAAAAGCAGCAUUGGUAUUUGUGCUGUGAUAAGGAGGAAACAUAUUUGGAAUGGUUGGCUAGUUUGCUCAGUGCACAGCAUGAGGAUGAUCUUUGGCAACCAGCUGGCAAGUUACAUAUUUCGUCAAUGAUGCUGACUGCAAAACUAGGGACCAUGGGUAUAAUGCCAAUGCAAGAAUCAGCCGACAGAAGGAAAGUGGAACAAAUGCAAAAGGAUGCCAGGAAGUUGAAUCUGAAUGACUUCCUUCAUCACACAGUCCGUGAGGAUACGCACAGGAAAUCACAUCACUUGGCUGCCUACUUACAACACUCAGGGGUUUUGUCUGGCAACGGACAAGAGCCAAAUAAGCGCACUUUACGACCAGGUCAAGCUACUGUAACACAAAGUGACACAAAGUUAAGACUCCGCCAGGGUCUACAGUGUCCAGGUCAAGCAGAAACAACGCUUAAUAAAAUGUACUUUGGAACUGAUACAAAACUUCAUUCAAAACUCAUGCAAGAGCUGAACACAGUCUUUCUAAAAAGUAAUCCUCCAUUAAAGAAUGAAUAACAUGAGUCAUCUUUUAAAAUAUGGAUGAAUAGACCUUUUAAUAUGAAGACUUCAUAUAGAUAUUAAAUGGAGAAUUUGCCAAUUUAAGACCUUCAUAAUGGGGUGAUUCUCUUCAUUAGCCUACUUACAUUAUUAAAAGAGCUUGGAUCAACUCCAAUUGUGUCAGCUUAAAAGCCACACUGAAUCAGUAGAAGUACUCAAAGUACAAUUUUGUUGGUGCACUUGAGAUCUUUUACGUGCACCACUCUCAACAGUUGCCUUAGAUGCAGUAAUAUAAUUUGAUACUCUUAGUAUUUACAAAAAAGGUACUUUUCACUCCAUUGUCGCUAUUUCUGAAGCAAAAAUUCAAUACAUAGAAGCACAGUAAAUAAGGUGGUUUGGAUACAAUCUGUAAAUAAUGAUUAAUUUACUUGGUGUUAUCCAUGUUGGUAAUGGACUGUGAUGCUUCUUGGCUAUCAGUUUAGCAAGGGAGUUCAGCACAGUUCAUCUUCUCCAUUGUCCUAUGUUAUGUUAAUAAAGUUAAACUAAAGGGA